AUGAAUAUUUGCUUAAGAACUAAGUUCAUUCGAUCCAGCAUCGUAAAUAGUUUGUGUCGUUUAUCUACAGCCGCUCCUGAAUUAGAACAAAAUGAUCAAGUUCUAAUAGAUGACACAGAAGAUGUUCAGGCAAGAGAAGCUGAGAUUGAGAAGAAAAGAAACAAGUCAAGACUUUCUGAAAACCAUUACAACGUCAUUCACGAUAAGCGACCAUAUGUCGAGCCUAAGUGUUUGGUUCAUCUCACUGUGAAAUAUAACAGAAAGAUGUAUGGCAAAUAUGGGAUAGCCAGUGGUGUUAAUCCUAGUAUAUGUUGGCCUACAAAACAGGAAAUAGAAGAAAGAAAAGAAUAUGAAGCUAUUGCCUUUCCGUACACAAUCCCUGAGGUAAUGGCUUCAGUAGCUCAAACAAGGAAGGAGGAAAAAAUUAAAAUACAACAGAGAGACGCAGAAAUAGCAGCAAAGUUUGCAAAAUUCGAACAAUGGAAGAAGGAAUUAAAUGAUAAAAUUGCUAAAAAGGCUGCUGAAGCUGAAGCUGCCAAGCUAAAGAAAGAGCGUCUAGUUGAAGAAGUUAGAAGGCACUUUGGCUUUACCUUGGACCCAAGAGAUGAACGCUUUAAAGAAGCAUUAGCUAAGAGAGAAAAAGAACAAAGGAAAUUAGAAAAACAAGCUAAAAUGGAAGCUAAAGAAAAGAUGAUGAUAGCUAAAUUACAGCAAAAAAGUGUGGAAAUCAAUGAAAAGAGU